AUGACAAAUGAAAAGAAGAAAAUUGUAAGUAAUGUGUUUUACCAGUUCCAUGGUAAAUUAAUGUUAUACAUAAGAAUUAAACAAAGCCUUAUAAACCAUAGCGAAGUAAGCAGAAAGGUAAAGGAAUUGGAAGAAUGUUAUAAAAAGUAUGUAAAUUCGAAUUCUACACAAUUUCGACAACUUAAAUUCUGCUAUCAUUGUGAUGAUAAUAAGAAUGAGGAAUUUGGAGAAUAUACUGAAUUUCCCAACUGUUCUGGAUGCCCUGAAUGUUCGAGUGAGAAUCAAAUAAAUAAAGAUAUAGUGCAUCACCUUUUGAAUAAUUAUAUAGAAAACAAUAACGGGUGCGUUGUCUCAUUUUUUACUAAUGAGGAAAAUUCACAUAUAUGUAAAAAUAGCAGGCAGCGGAACAAAAGAAAUAUCCCAAGCGGAAACGAAAGGGAUAUGCAAAUAAAAAACUUAGUAAAUAAAUUUUUUAUAAAAAUAAAUGAAGUAACAUUAAAUAAAAAUAAUCAAAAUAAUUAUUCAUUACAGUAUGGAUUUUUCGAUUCAAUCAGUUCAUAUGAUCUUUUGGAAAAGUAUUGUGAACAUAGAGAAUAUUAUCAAAAAAUAAAAAGUUGCACUUUAAAAAGUGAUGAAAAAAAAGUCAAAGGAAAGAUUGAUAAUAAGAGAUUUAAUAAAAAAAACAUUCCUCCUAAAAGUGAAUUGAAGAAAUUCAUUCAAAAGACAAACUCGGUGGAAUUUUCAGACUCAAAAAAAUUAAAUGAUAUUCUCAAUUUUGCAGAAAAACAGGAAAAGGUCAUAAUGCAUAAGCUAAACAGAAAGGAAUGUUUAUUCUGUACAAUAAUAAGUAUACAUAUUAAUAAUGCAAAAGAGGGAGAAGUGCUUAUGCAAAGGUUUAUGACACAUAACACAAAUGACAAAUCGAAAGGGAGCACAUUUUUCUUUGUUAAAAUUUAUUAUAAAAACGACAAUAAGGAAAAUGAAAGAGGAGAAAAGGGAACAGAAGAUGGUGAUAUGGUUAUGCUAGACAAGUUGGAACAACUUAAUAGCGUGUUCACGCAAUUCAGCAUCUUGCUUAGUCAACCUCAUAAGGAAAAUAGUCCCCCCCUGGGAUUUUCAAUCUAUAACAAAGUGACAAAAAUAAUAUACGAAAUUUGUUGCAAUUUUGAUCUUAUUCAUCUGAAUGUUACUUUGCAUACAUUGGACGAUAGUAAUGUGAACGAAAUGGACAAACCUAUUUUUAAUUUCCUUUCUUCUGUCGACUCUCCUUUGGAGAAAUUUUUAAAAAUGUUCAUAAAGUGUAUAAAGAGGUCCAAAAUAUUAACUUACAGUUUGGGGGAAAAUUGUGAGAGUGGAAAAAAUAGUGAUAGUUUCAAAAAUUCAAAAAGUCUACAAAACCAAAACAUGGCACCAAAAUCUGAAACACAGGCAAAAAUAGAAAAUAUAUUAUUCGAUAAUAUUGAUUUAGAUGAAAAAACGAAAUGUAUCAUGACAAAGGAAGCCAUGAAUUUUCCUGAGCAACAUUUGAACAAACUUGCGUUAUUAAAUAAAACAUUUCAACACAACUGUAAAUUUUUCAAAAAAAAAGAGAAAGAAAUUCAUACUAGUUUUACAAGUAUAGUGGAAAAGCAAAACGAAAUUAUGAAACAUUAUGAGGAAGAAGAAAGGCAACAAAAAAAUGACAUAAAUCGAAUUCUUAAGGAAAUAUCGUACAUCAAUGAUCAAAAUAUAGAAAUACAGAAUGAAAUAGAAAAACAUAAGAAAUUCAAUUUCAAAUAUGGCCACAUAGAGAAAAACAGACAAGAGGAACAAUCAAAGAAAUUCCAAUACGUUGAUAGUGUGCUAGAUAGGGAAUUCGAAUCAUUACUAAAAUUUCGACAGGAAUCGUUAGUGAAUAACAAUUUUAUAGGAAAAUGGGACACGAAGCAAGAUGAAGAGACGGCGAAAGUGGUAGAAGAAAAUAAAAGAGAAGAGUUAAAAACAUAUAACAUCAUUUCACAAAAUGACAUACAAGAUAUCCGAAAAAAGAAAGAAGAAGAAUAUUCGAAAAAUUUAAACGAAGUAAUGAAUCACGCGAAGAAAAUGUUUCGAGAGACUCAGGACAUGAGAAAAAGGUAUGAUGAAGUUAUAAGGCAGAAUACAAAAUUAUUUUCCAUUUUAAAAGACACUGCAAUAAAGUUUAAUGAAAAGGCAAAUUAUCUGAUGAAUAAUUUUCAAGGUGCAGAUGGAUUGAAACUUAUAAAUCCCAUAGAGGACAAAUGUGUGGAUUUUAUGGAAAAAUAUGAAUGCCCUAACCUAAUCAUAAAUAAUGAUAUGAAAGAGUAUAAUGCUUUAUUAGAGGAGUUGAAAACACGUAAUUUUAACGAAAGGCAAUUGCGUUGGAUUCACAAAAUGAGCUCUUUGUCUAAAAAUUUUUAA